AUGUGCAGCUUGCUAUUUGAAGAGCGCAAGCCGAGAAUGGACGCAAGCUCGAAAGACCCGAAGCGUUUGCAAGACUCACCCUCAGACCCGCGACCACCAAAACGGCUCUCGCCAUCGAACACUUCCCUCGCAUUGCCGCCUUCCACUUCAGCGAAUGCAAGGACCACCAACAUGAAGCGACUGACUCCCACCUUCAACUUCUUCGACCAAGUAGUCCAGAACGAGGCCAUCGAGGAUGCCGAACGCCUCGAAGACUGGGAUCCAUACCGCGACAACAACUACAGCACCUCCUCAUCACCGGGUGCUCGAGCUGGCAGUUUACCACCCAUGUAUCCUGGCCGACACGCACUCGACACGCUGAACAUGUAUAUGGACGACGCGAGUGACCACGAAGAACCCCCCGCCACUGCCUCGCCACCAGGAGGUGUCGCAGUUGCACUCGAAGCCGCCACCAUCUCUACCGAUCCAGAACACAGAACUCCAGCCGAAGCACGUGGGCGUGCAGACACCGCAGUCAGCACCAACAGUCAUGAAGCGCAAGAUUCACCGAGCGACUCGACCGACAGCAGCGGCAGCAGCGGCAGCGGAAGCAUCGACCUCAACGAGUGCAACGCAGAACAGCGUGCAGCUCUCUACGAACAGGCCUACAGCGAUGUGACAUGUACCCUCCGCGACUUCUGCGUGCCAGACCAAUACAACGCGUACCCAAAACAUGCCCCCGAGAUUUUAAGCGCUUUCUUGGAGCAUGCCACCUUCACCGUGAAAGUCUGGGCCAACUACGACUCUUACACCAGGAAGCUAUACCGCCAGCCCAGUCGCGUGGACAGUUGUGGCAAACUUCAGCUCCCGGCCAAGCAGCGCAAAUACCUCAACACCUUCAGCCGCGUGCAGUUCAGCAACAUUGUCAUGGAGGUAGGGACCCCAUUCCGCACCCUCGCAAAAAUCAGACUGAAAGCUGUGAACGGCGAGCUCGAGGUGGGCGGCUCAUUAUGCAAGGAUGUCCAUAGCCCGCACCAGCGACUCAAGCGGGUGGUCGUCGAAGCUAUGAAGCGGAUCAAGGAGGAUGGCGUGGUGGGCGAGCAGUACGGGCUCACGCUGAAAGAUCUUGGCUUGAUUGCAAAGGAAUUUGUCUAUCUGCCAAAAAACCAGCGGGACAUCUGGGAGUACUUCGAGAAUUGA